CAUUCUGAAGGAGAAGUCCAUUAGUUAUAGCUCUGGUGUUAUCUCCAAGCAGCAGUACUGACCUAAUUAGCCUGAAAGUGCCAGUCCAAGAACCGAAAGUGGGAAGUGUCGAUCAUGACUCAUGAGGGGAGAGCCGUUGGUGUCGAAGCUGGCUUGGCCGUGUGCGUUGUUCUUCUGGUAUUAUUGAAAAAGAGGAAGUCAAAAGGAGCUGCAGAAUUUUCAUGGAGCAUAAUUAAUUUUCAGAAAGACCAAGAUGUUAGGUUCAAAAUUGGAUAUGAAGUGGUUGAAAAGGUGCCUUACCUGCAGAUUAGGGAAAAUAAUUGGACCCUCAAUGCUGACAUGAAUGGUAGAUGGAACAUAAGAUUUGAUUUGUUUCAGAGUCGUCAUAUCUUUGGAGAAUUUAUGGGCAGAAUAAACAACUGGCUCCUUUUGAGACAUGGAUCCUUAAUUGGCUUUUUGAGGGCCACUAUGUCAAGGCCUCUUGAUUUAAAACUUGUUAUCUACAGGAGAAGUUUGAAAGCUUUGCUCAUAUCUUAGGCUGGACCUUUUAUUUAGCUCGUGCAUUAAAAGUUGUUCCUAUGUUAGAGUUAGGUGAAUGCAAGAUUUCAGUAAACAAAGGUGAAGGUCACUCCUGAUAUUGCGAGAGCACCAGAAUCAAAUGUCUUUGUGCUCGAUUCUGUUCUUCAUUUUGGUUACCAUCACUCUUGGAUGUGAAACGAAGUCAGUUAAAUUUAUUUAUUUUCUUUUAGCUUCUA